AUGGAGGAGGAACUCCAAGUAGAAGUGAAAAUAAUAUCAAAAGAAAUGGUAAAACCAUCACUUCCACCACCCUCUCAUCCCACAACUUUCACCCUUUCCCUCCUCGAUCAAAUCUUCCCUUUGGUUCCACCAGUACCAUUGCUUCUAUUCUACUCCGCCCCAACACCGCAAAGUGUUGAUAUAAACGCCCUUAAACUUUCUCUUAGCCAAUCACUUGACUAUUUCUACCCUCUCUCAGGCCGUGUACAUGACGAGUCUAUCAUUUCUUGUAAUGAUGAAGGCGUACCCUUCACAGAAACAAAAGUCAAUUGCCCUCUCUCUGUCUUCUUAACAUCACCUCAAAAACAGAAGUCGUUUACCAAGUUUCUCCCUUCUCCUGAACUCAUCCCUUUAGCUAUUCAAAUCAACGUUUUCCUUUGUGGUGGGGUUGUAAUUGGCACCUACAUGCUCCACAAAUUUUUAGACGCAAACUCUUCAGCAACCUUCCUUAGCCAUUGGGCUGCCCUUGCUAGCAACCGCCUUACGGACCUAGUCCACCCUAAUUUUGAGGCCACAGUCAACGCAUUCCCCCCUCUUCCAAAAAUUGAUCAGGACUUUGUGCCUGAUCUCAGUAUGGUUCCAUCAACUAUGCAAUCAGAUCCAAGCAUUAUGAUCAAGAGUUUCGUAUUCAGCCAAGGUUCUAUAAGAGACCUAAAGGCUCAGGCCACAAGUGAACGGGUUCCUAAACCCACUCGAUUUGAGGCUUUGGCCGGGUUCAUCUGGGAGCAAGCCUUUGCUGCUGCUACACAUAAUUUAACAACAGAGGUUGAACACACAGAGCUGUUUUUUGCUGUAGGCAUGCGACAUUGGUUGAGCCCGCCACUCCCUAAGGAAUCAAUGGGUAACCUUUUCAUCCCAAGUGUAAGAGCAACAACCGACAAAAGCAGUAGACUUCAAGUGAUGGUUGAGAAGAUCCAUUUAUCCUUAUCCAACGUUCAACACAAAAUUGCUACAGUUUAUCAAGGGGAAAACAGAGUGGACGCUUUGUUGUCAGAUAGGAAAGCUGAAAUUAGCAGUCCAAUUGAGUUUUGUGAAGGUCAAUAUCGGCUAACCAGUUUGUGCAAUACGAGUUUUAAGGAGACAGACUUUGGGUUUGGAAAGCCAGUUCGGGUUGUUCACGAUGAUGGCAGACAACCUCUUGCUAUGUUUAGAAAUCUUAUCAUACUCACUGAUUUUACUCAUCCUAUAACUGGUGAUGGAAUGGUGGAGGCAUGUAUAAACCUGGAGGAGAAAGACAUGACAAUUUUAGAGUCCAACCCACAUUUUCUUGCUUUUGCUUCCCCUCUUUAA